AUGCAAAAAUGGUGCAAGAAACCCUUUAAUAAUUUAGUCAAUAGGCACUGUUUAUCAACUUGAAGUUUUCAUUUUAGUCACAGCUGAUUCAAAAAUUCAAGCUUUUGAUUCUCUAUGAAAGACGACACUGCUGAUUUGCGGAGAUAUGGCAUAAGCGAUCUUAAUUCUGAGAACGGGUGCCUUUCCCUCUUUAGGAAUAAGUAA